AUGACAGACAAUGAAAGAGGGAAACCUGAUGGGAACAGGGGGCAAAGCGGUGAAGCGGCAGCAAUUACUGACAUCACGUUACCUACGCCGUGGUCCUUCGCUCAGCGGCUGGAGGUGGCAGGAGGACAUGCAGCACCCGUGGUACCUGUGCUCCGGCCCAUGGACCUGAUGGUGGAGGCCACCCCCCGGAGGGUGUUUGCCAAUGCUCAUACCUACCACAUCAACUCCAUCUCCGUCAACAGCGACUACGAGACCUACAUGUCGGCAGACGACCUGAGGAUAAACCUGUGGAACUUUGAGAUCACAAAUCAAAGUUUUAACAUCGUGGACAUCAAGCCGGCCAACAUGGAGGAGCUGACGGAGGUGAUCACUGCCGCCGAGUUCCACCCACACCACUGCAACACCUUCGUCUACAGCAGCAGCAAAGGCACCAUCCGGCUGUGUGACAUGCGCACCUCUGCCCUCUGCGACCGCCACGCCAAGUGUGAGUACGGCCCCCGCCAGCGGGACGGACGGGACGGGACCCCCUUUGGGUUGAAAGAGCCCAAAAGAGGGAGCGCGGAGACUGACCGGGGCUCAG